CCUGAUCCUCUGCACCUACCGUACAUCGCCGGACCAUCACCCCAACCGGCAGAAGCCUACCAUAGUGUCCUCCAACUUUUCUCUCUUGGCCAGACCUUUAUCAGAAGUACCCAUAAAUCAUGAACCUCGAAGCCUCAACCUAGCUCUAGAUCCCUGAUUCUAACCCACCUUUGGAGCUAGUGAAAACUAUUAAGGGGAGAUAGAAAGAUAUGAGCCAGUGGAGAAAUACAUAGAUAAAAUGGUUUCCCAUGGAAAAAAAGAAAAAAAAACUUGCCACAAGAUGAAAAUAGGAGGGUCCUUGGUUCGUGAUUCUGGGUACUUUUGGAUUUUUGGGUUUGGAUGUUGUUCAACCAAUCUGCAUCCACCAAUCGCUGCGCGCAUCGACUCGACAAGCUGCAGCGGCAGGAAGACCAGGAGAGGUUCCAUCAAAUUCAGGAGGCUUACAAGGUCCUGUUGGACGCCUCCAAGAGGGCCAUGUACGACGUGGAGGUGUCCCCGUCUCAUCCUCAUCCGGUGGAUUCUUUCCGGUCGAGGGCCAAUAUUUGUUGUCAGAUGGCGAGGAGGGUGACCAAGAUGCAACAAUACGUGAUCAUGAUGAAACAGGAUACCAAGCCCACCAUGGAGGAGAUGGACUCCAUUAUUAUGGAGAUCAAGGCCUGCUCACCCUUGUCGUGGUCGUCUCGCUCUGAUGCAAGAACCGGUGGCGCCGGCCCCCAUAAAGCUGUGAGGAACGUCGCUAUAGCCCAUUCAGCCGCAAAUAAACACUAACUUCUUCUAGUGUCAUUCACCAACCAACGGUGCUGAGCUUAAGACUGAUGAACAACCCAAAUAAUUGCAUCCUCCUAUAUAGCAUAGGGCAGGUUACCUAGCUACCUAUUGUAAGAUAAAAAAUGAGAGUUGUGUACUAACGUGGACGCGCUAGGUUGCUCGAGCUGGCAGUGUUACAUCGCCAAGAAACGCAACAAUUUUCUCA